GGUACAGGUAGAUAUAUUAGGCCCUUAGUGGGGUAAGGAUAUCAUAGUUACCUGUGCACUUGGAAUUUAAUAGAGAAUUUUUCUAAACGUUUUACAAAUCAGACCGUUUGUUUAUCAAAUUGCAUUGAGUCAUUUGGCAACCAUCUGAUUAUUGAAUUCUUUUAUUGUUGAAGUCUUUGCUAUUUUUCAUUCCGGCGACUCUAUUGAGCAAUUCAAAAAUUGAAGAAUUCAAGGACAUGGGACAAAAUUCCUGUACAUAUUUUCAAUGUCAAAAACAUCGAAUAAUUUUCAGAUCUAUGUAGAUGUGCAUUAUACACUUUAAUUCGAUGAUUCUUCUUAAAUGAUUGCUAUGUGACCACCUCAAACAGAGACUGGAUAUAAAUGAUUGCUAUGUGACCACCUCAAACAGAGACUGGAUAUAAAUGAUUGCUAUGUGACAUCCUCAAAAAGAGACUGGAUAUAAAUGAUCGCUAUGUGACAUCCUCAAACAGAUUGGAUUUUAUACGUUUUAUUGGAGUAAAAGUUUACUACGGGAAUGGAUACGGCUAGUUUGUUGCCGUUUGUGUGUGUCCUAUGGACGGUACAGUUAUACGACGUGUGUUCAGCCGCCCGAUCUGGAGGUUCGUCCAGUAGAACAGGCUCCUCCAAUGUGGCAUCAAACUCGGCGGGCUUCGUCGGAGGUGUGGAUACCGGCAGCCCUCAGUUCAUCAUCUUUAUGACGAUAUUUGGGAUGCUUGUCCUCGCUGUCAUCAUCUUCCUCAUCAUUAUGUGCUGUAAGAUCAGACGGUACUGUUGUUUUAAUCUACCUGGCUUCUUACCGGGCUCGACCGACAAAAUACACAUAGUCGAUUCCGUGAAUGGGUCAGCAGCCCGCUGGAGUAUUGCAUCUGAUCCGCCUCAGAAGAAAUCACCAUUGCCACCGUUAUCAGUUGUUGCAGACCCUGAAAAGAAACCAAAUAUCCCACCCAUUCCUAGAACAAAAAAUGGACACAUACCUCGGGCAAAGUCCCCGGACUCCACAGAGGGUUUACCUCCUAUCUACAUUCUGCCGUAUCCCGUCCCCGCCGGAACGGACAGCUUCACGCCCCCACCGGAACCGGAACUGAGUGGAAGCUAUUCCGAAUCGGAGUUUGAUUCAGAGUCGGAGUCAGCUACGCAUGAUGACGAUGUAGACUCGGCACUCUCGGAUCGUUCUCAAUCACAACUGGAAGACUAUUAUCACAAACCAAAAUAGUUUCGUACAUAAAACAUACUGGUCGCUGGAAGAGGAGAUAAUGUAAACAAAAAACGAAUCAUAUUUUUGUAUUUCUUAUAAACACUGUCAAACCCAUGAAGCGUUGUCUUUUGCCGUUGUUUGCUAUGACUCUUUUAUACAACAGGACGGUACAGCAGUUCUCAUACCCACCCAACAGCACUAACCUUGUCGUCUAUUAUAUGUAUAAACGUAGCACAUCCGCAUAUGUAUUUUACAAUGGACAAUUAACGGUAAAACAUAAAUUAUUUAUUUAAAUAAUUUGUUUUCAAUUGACCACCUGUUGGCAAUAAAUAUUGAAGGUUUAUGGUAAAAUGGGAUAUGCAUGGAAUCAUUUCAGUGAUAUCUUUACGUCGACAUCAAAGUGACAUUUAGUUUUUACCAUUUUUACAUAAUUACAUGACACAUAUCAAACAUGUAUUCCCGACUCUGUUACAGACUGUACAUACUUUGUUUCUACUGCUAACUUGUUGAACUUAUAUUUAUUUAUCUUUAAUCUUAAGUAUGCUAUGCAUAUCAUAUAAUAGGCUUGUGGUUGUCCUCUAAUGUCCAACAAUAAUGAAUUCAAAAGCCUCUUACCUCUUUUGAGGUGCACUAAUGCACUCCUAUGUACUUACUUGUAUAGUCGUUAGACAGCCAAUACAUGUAGUUGCAGCAUCUCUGUGAUAUUUUAAAAGAGUGUGCUGAUGAGUAAUGUGUCAAAGUAUGUUACAUUUUCGAUCAUUCAUUAUUCAAGGUCAUCAUGCCAAAUAUUUUCAAAAGAGCUAAUGCCAGGCUCAUUUUUUUAAAUCUGGUAAACUUAAUGAUGUUUAAAAUUACACACAGUAUCUCUGUUACUUUUGGCAUACGCUUUACAAAAGUGGUUGACGGAUUUUUAUACACACUCAUUUAAGUGAAAAGCAACCUGCUUUUGUUCCUAAACGUCUCUCGUUAAAAAACCUUUCAUGUUGUUUUUUCUCGCAAGUUACAUACAAAGCCUUUGACAAAACGAAGAGAAUUCUUUUAAGCUAUAUGCAGUAACUUUCAAUGGCAUUUGAUUAAGUAAACGAAGGAAAUUAUUGUAUAAGUUAAAACUAUAUGAUGUAUAAGGUUACAGUUUGUCCCUAGAUUAUAUACUUGACAUAAUAUCUCCCUAACUUUCAUUAUAGAAAAACAAAACAUUUGAAAUUUUCGAACACCAUCAUUUUUAUAGUAUGUCAAAACAGUGUCUGAGUGUGAGAAACUAUCAAUGAAUCUUUUAGAGUUUACGAAUGGGGUGUGAGAAAUGAAAAAGAAUGUAUAAACGUGCUGCUGGACGCUAAUAAUGCGUUAGCCUUGGUUCAAUUAUGAUGAAUUGAAGAAUGAAAUGAGCUUACAAGUUGUUGUUCGGUUGACCUCUUCAAUGAGUAUAAUUGUCGACACGAAACAAAAUGUUUCUUAACCUUCGCGAAUGUUCCGUUUCAUAAAACAAACUCUAAUAAAAAUAACUGUACUGGGGCUUAUAUUAAAAUCUUGUUAAAUCUCUUGAAACUGAAAACAUUUUAUUGUAGAAAGGAAUUCAUGAUAAGUUAACAUCAUUCACAAUGAAAUACCAUUUGUGAUGAGGAACCUGUACUUAGGUUCCUCUAUUUUGUUAAUAAAACUGUAUAAC